UUGCUAACAUGUCUGGCAUGAAGUUUCGUUCCGACAAACUACUGGCAAAGUACAGCAAAGUCAUUUCAAAUUAUAAAAAAAUUUCGAAAAUUAUUGCCGUUGAUAGAUUGUUGGACAUUUCGGGUGUACCAUUCAAAUUUAGCAUAUUUCAUGUUAUCGAUUAUUCGUUGUUGUUCCAUUACUUUUUCUCCGUAAUAUAUAUUUUAUGCACCAAGUUUGAGGAUAAAAUGGCAGUGCUUCGUCCUUUGACGUUGUGUCCUCUAGCUGUGCAAGCUGUGGUGAAGCUAACCACAAUAAUCACCAAUAAAAGUUUAAUCAAACAACUGAAUAAGUUGAACCUGGACUUAUAUGGUAAUGUAAGGGGAAACUGGGAAAAAUGUUUGGACAAAUGGCUGCACAGGUUUAAACAGGUUUCAACAUUUCAUAUCAUUGUCCAUUGGGUUGCAGCCUUUUUACUUUUGUGCUUUCCGUUAUACGGUUACUUUGUACUUGGUGUAAUGGUCCCGUUCUUCGAAUUGGUAAUACCGUUUGUCGAUGACACCACCAUCCACGGAUACUUUAUCGCUUUAGCUUUUCAACUCGUGCUGUGUGUUGUUGUCGUUUCGAUCAUGUAUUCAGUUGACUACAUUUUCAUAUUAACUUUAUUUACUGGCACUGCAAUAAUUGAUUUGGUCGAGGAGGACUGUAAGGCCCUAACAUUCGCUAUUCACAAUUCAAUUGGAAUCGGUGAUCAUCACAUCAACGAUUUGCUGACAACUGCUAUCAAGAGAAAUCAAUUUAUGAGAAGAUAUUUAAAUAAGGUGUGUGCAAUCUUUGAGGAUGGUAGUCUCAUUCAAUUGUAUUGUGGUGGAUUUACCCUAUGCGUUUGUCUAUUCGUUGCAAAAAUGUCGGAAUGGUUUGCUGUAUAUUUCGUUGCAAUUUCGGCGUUGUAUCAAAUGUCGUUGUACUGUUUGAUGGGAACAAUGAUUGAAUGGAAGAGCAACCAAUUAUCUAUAGCUGUCUACAACGUACCGUGGCACAAUUUAUGUAUCUCUCAGCAAAAGGAAUUUCGUUACUUUUUCCAGAUGUCCCAAAGUACGAUGACAGUAAAGCUUAUGGGCUCAUUGACAUUAAAUGUACAAACAGGAAUGGCGAUUCUCAAGUCGAUUUAUUCUCUGUACAUAUUAAUCGAUCAAAUGUAUUAAGAAUUAAAUAACGAAAUGGUCCUGGGUAGCCCCAAUGUCAACAAGCAACGCUUCUUGCUAUUGCCUAUAACGUUUCAGAAUCACUUUUUUAAAAACUUUUUUUUUCAUUUUCACUAGAUCCACACACAAACACAUC